CGAUUACGCUGCCACUUGUUCGUGCCCGCGCACGCCCGACUCGCGGUUAUGUGUUUUGACGCGCUCUGACGUUGUCCAGUCGCACGUGAUAUCUCACGCAGGAUGAUGUCCGAGAGGGAUUACGCGCCCCUGAGCGCAGCAUGCGUGCGGUCUCUCAACGACAAGCUGUACGAGAAGCGGAAGCCAGCCGCCGUGGAAAUAGAAAAGAUGGUGAAGGAGUUCGCCGCCCACAACAACACCGUGCAGAUCAAGAGGCUGCUCAAGGUCCUCGGGCAGGACUUCGCCACCUCGCAGAACCCGCAUACGCGCAAGGGCGGACUGAUAGGCCUGGCGGCGAUCGCGGUCGGCCUCGGCAAGGACACCGGCCAGUACAUAGAGGACCUGAUCCAUCCGAUCCUCGCGUGCUUCUGCGACGCCGAUCUGAGAGUCAGGUACUACGCCUGCGAGAGCCUGUACAACGUGGUCAAGGUGGCGAGGGGCGCGGUGCUGCCUCAGUUCACGGACAUCUUCGCCGCUCUCAGCAAACUGGCCUGCGACUCGGAGCAGAAUAUAAAGAACGCCACCGAGCUACUCGACAGACUGAUGAAGGACAUUGUGACGGAGAGCGGCCUCUUCGACCUGGUCGGAUUCAUGCCUCUGCUGCGCGAGCGCAUCUACACGAAGAACUCGUUCGGCAGACAGUUCGUGAUAUCGUGGGUGUCCGUGCUGGACGCGGUGCCCAACAUGGACUUUAUAAUAUUUCUGCCCGAGAUACUCGACGGGCUGUUCAGGAUACUGGACGACCAGACGCCGGAGAUCAAGAAGGUCACGGACACGGUCCUCGGUGAAUUUUUGCGCAGCAUAAAGGCGAAUCCCGCGAGGGUGGACUUCCCGGCCAUGAUAAACAUACUGAUCACGCACGCUCAGAACAACGACGAGCUGCUCCAGCUGACCGCCAUCACGUGGAUCAAGGAGUUCGUGCACCUCUCCGGGCCGCUCAUGCUCCCGUACAUGUCCGGCAUCCUCGUGGCCGUUCUGCCGUGCCUGGCCUACGACGGCGACACGCGUAAGAGUAUUAAGGAGACGGCCACGCAGGUGAACGCGAAUUUAAUGAAACUGAUCAUCGUCAAGAGCACAGAGGCCGCGAGCAAGGAUCGCGAGAGUAAGCCGCAGUCUACGAAGGACGACGUAACGCAAGAUUCCCUGGAUGAAAACUUGGAUCUCGCCAGCGUAGUGGAGGUACUUACGAAGCACUUGCUGUACCUGUCGGUCCAAACCAAGGUCGCGGUCCUGAAAUGGAUACACCACUUGUUCAUAAACAUUCCGCAGAAGAUGUUCAAUCACAUCGAGGACUUGUUCCCGAUACUAAUGAAAUCCUUGAGCGACACCUCCGACGAGGUGGUGCAACAGACUCUAGUGGUGAUGGCCGAGAUCAUCAGCUCCAAGUCCCCGGAAGCGGUGGCGACCGAUCCCAACGCGAAGAUGCAGAACAAGUAUUUCACCAAGUUUAUUAUCAAUCUGUUGAGGCUCUUCUCGACCGACCGACACUUGCUGAAGGAACGGGGCGCCUUCAUCAUAAGAGAGCUGUGCGUGCUCUUGAGCGCGGAAGAUAUAUACAAGACCCUGGCGAAGAUACUGCUGGAGGAGCAAAAUUUAAGCUUCGCCUGCACGAUGAUACAAACCCUGAACGUUAUCCUGCUAACCAGUUCCGAGUUGUUUGACUUGCGCAACAAACUUCGGCACUUGGACUCUCCAGACAGUUGCGCGCUAUUCGAGUGCCUGUACGUGUCCUGGUGCCACAAUCCGGUCGCGACGGUGGCCCUGUGUCUCCUGUCUCAGCAUUACCGACACGCCUGCAACAUCAUUCGAUCUUUCGAAAACAUAGAGGUCACGGUGGAGUUCCUCACGGAGAUAGAUAAAUUGGUACAGUUAAUAGAAUCGCCGAUAUUUACCUAUCUGAGACUGCAACUGUUGGAAUGGGAGAAGAACGAUGCUUUGAUAUACGCGUUGUACGGCUUGCUCAUGAUCCUGCCGCAGAGUGACGCCUACGCUACCUUGCAGCGUCGUUUAGCGGCGAUACCGCCAGCCACGAGGCCGAUACCGAAGAGCGACCACUCGCAGGAGAAAACAAACGCCGCUUGCCCGUUCGACUUCGAUAAACUGUUGAAACAUUUCCACGCGGUGCAGGAGCACCACAGGGAGCAGAAGCGCAAGCAUAGACUGAAUUCCUUGGUCGAGAGGAAUGCUAGUCACGUAGACGCGUGAAUCACGCGCGGAUUUUGCAACGCGAGAAAGAGAUACGCCUGGUUUGCUAAUUUUUUACCGCAUAAUUGUGUGUAAUUAUGUGAAACCUGUGUUUAGCUUUGUUAUAUAAUUAUUAUUUAUUGAAACGCAAUCGUUGGACUCGUCGGAAAUUUGAAAUCCCCUCGAGCCCCAGUGAUCCCAGAUUGCGGAUUUCUGGCGCACGUGCAAGCCUUUCUGCCAUGCGCAUAGUGAUCACGUGACUACCAUGAAAGACUCGUACAUACAGGCAACGUGGGGGGUUUCUAGGAACCAGUGUUCUUUACUAUUCAAUUUUACAUCGAUGUUUUAUUAAAACUCAUAUUAAUGAUUUAUAUAUUAUAUAGAGCAGUUUAUUAAACAUUUAUUUAAUUGAUAAAAAACUUUGUACAAUAUUUCCUAUACUCUUCUUGUAAGGGUUCUAUCUAAACCCUCAAGUUAAGAACGUAUACGCUACUGAGCUGCUGCUCAAG